AUGGCACCCUCAAACGGCAAUAUGAACCCAGCAGGAAACGUCAAGGUCGUGGUCAGAGUUAGGGGGUUUCUUCCACGAGAAAUCGAGAGAGGAGCUCAAUGUUUGAUCGAGAUGAACCCGCAGACGCAAUCAACGAGACUUCUCCCUCCGCCUUCGAGCGAUCCUGCCAACGCCCGAGCUCAGACUCGAAAGGUCCUGGAGGAGAAAACGUUCACCUUCGACAAUUCGUUCUGGUCUCACAGCACAGAGGACAAGCAUUAUGCCACACAAGAGGACGUCUACAACUGUCUGGGAGAAGAGUUCUUGGACCACAACUUUGAGGGCUACCACACCUGCAUUUUCGCCUACGGCCAAACUGGCUCGGGCAAGAGCUACACCAUGAUGGGCACCCCCGAUCAGCCUGGGUUGAUCCCACGCACUUGCGAAGACCUUUUUCAGCGGAUCGAGUCGAACGAGAGCGCCAAUAUCAGCUACAGUGUCCGCGUCUCAUACUUUGAGGUCUACAAUGAGCACGUCCGCGAUCUAUUCCAGCCGCGGACAGACCCUCCCCAGUAUCUCAAAAUCAGAGAGUCGCCGAUAGAAGGCCCGUACGUCAAGGACUUGACAGAGAUCCAAGUCAAGAAUUACGUCGAGAUUCUCAAGUAUAUGCGGAUGGGCGACAACUCAAGAACGACGGCCUCGACCAAAAUGAACGAUACUUCCUCGCGUUCCCACGCCGUCUUCACCAUCAUGCUGAAGCAGAUCCACCACGACUACCGCACCGACGAGACCACCGAAAGACUGGCCCGAAUCCGAUUAGUUGAUCUGGCGGGCUCUGAACGUGCAAAAGCAACCGAAGCGACGGGCCAGAGGCUGAGAGAAGGGGGAAACAUCAACAAAUCUCUGACAACGCUUGGAAGGGUGAUUGCUGCACUGGCCGACCCCAAACAUGCCCGAGUACACAAUUCCAAACGGUCAACCCGCGACAUUGUCCCAUAUCGUGACUCGAUCCUCACCUGGUUGUUGAAAGACUCGCUGGGUGGAAACUCCAAGACCGCCAUGAUUGCGUGCAUUGCACCGGCCGACUAUGAUGAGACAUUGUCGACUCUCCGCUACGCCGACCAGGCCAAGCACAUCCGCACAAAGGCCAUUGUCAACCAGGAUCAUGUUUCGUCCGCCGAGAAGGAUGCUCAGAUCGCCGAAAUGCAAGACACCAUCCGUACUUUACGAUGGACUCUGAGCCAGCAACAACAGAAUGGCAGUGUCUCGGUCAUCAGAGCCGUUCAAGAAAGUGCCGAAGUUCAAUCGGAGAAGAUUCGCGAAUUCACCACCAAGUACGAGAAUAUGCUGCAGAUUAUGGAAGAGAAACUUGCCAUUUCAGAGUCGAAAGUUCGCCAGCUCGAAGAAGAAAAGGAAGCCCUGAGCAUCCACCUGAAGCUGGUGCUUGAAGAACUCAAGAACCCCAUCGUCAUUAAUAAGGAGGAGAGCGUGUCACCGGAUACGCGGUCGAGAGCAGCAACGCCAGACAUGAUCUACGAAGACGACACUGCUUCGGGUGACGAGGUCGACACAGACUCGGAUUAUGACGAUGAAGCAGCGGACAUGCAGGAGGAGAUGGAGGCGCUAAUAUCCGACCUGGCCAUGUUCAAGAAGAAGCUGGCAGCCGACCACGAGAUGCUUGGUCUGAGCGUCACGGCAUGA